GUCAAUAAGAAGAAGAACUUUUCUGCAAGUUAUUUUCAUUUCGCUCUCAGUAUUGUGAAGUGAUCGGAGCUACUUGCGAAUAUUUUAUUUUUCAAAGAAUGGCGUCUCGUCCAAAAGCUUUCGGACUUACUGCUGAAGUUAACGCAAAGAUAGCAAAGAAGUAUGAAAUUUCUCGUGAGCAGGAAGCUCUUCGAUGGAUCGAAGCUGUUCUAGGUGACCGCACCCUGUUUCAAGGGGUUGAAGGGGAAGAAGCCACCCACGACCGUCUGAAAGAUGGAGUCAUACUGUGCGAAUUAAUGAACGCCAUAACACCAGGUGCAAUUCGAAAGAUUAACAGGCGCCCCAUGCCAUUCCUUAUGAUGGAAAAUAUAGGCGCUUUCUUGGAUGCCUGCAAAGAGUAUGGAGUAAACUCACAUGAUACAUUCCAAACGGUUGAUUUAUACGAGCGACAAAAUAUGGUGAAUGUGAUCACAGGAAUUUAUUCCUUAGGAAGGAAGGCUCAAGCAAAUGGAUACUACGGACCAGCAUUGGGACCAAGAGAAGCACAACAAAACCGACGUAGCUUUACCGAAGAUCAGCUGGUCCAAGGGCGUACCACUAUUGGAUUACAGAUGGGCUCCAAUAAAGGUGCAAAUCAAUCUGGUAUGAAUUUUGGAAAAAGUCGAUUUAUUUUAGACUAAAAUUUUUUUGUUUGUUUAUUUGUUCGUUUAUUUUACGGCAACAGUCCAUCCUCAUUUUUUAUAAUGCACUGUUUUUACUUCAGUAUUUUUUAGAUCAUAUAUAUAGAUUGACUUUUUUCGUAUGAAAAAAUGCUCCAUGUUGGUUAUGGAAGCUUAUGGUUGAAUUUUCUUACUCACAAAACGUUUAUAAAUUAUGUAAAAGUUUUUAAUUUAUUUAUUGAUUAUUUAGACGAAUAGUGAUUAUCAUUCAGAAAAAAAUUGUUUUUGAAA